UUCUGUGCGACGUGGUGUCAAAGUUUUUAACUCUGAGAUGUCAUUAUCGUGAGUCCGUCCAUCGCCAAUUCACUAUGUCCGGAGUCACACGUAACCAAAGCAGAAGACGGCGUCCUCCAAAAAUGUUUCUGGUGGCGUCCGAUAUGAAGAUCCAGGACCACCUGGAUGGAACCAUUCGGGUGCUACGGGGGUACUUGUGCCAGGAGCAAGAAAGCCUGGAAAAGAAUGGGAAAGUGGAGCAGUUGUGGGUUAAAGUACUAGACAAUGGCGGGAUGGUCAAGAUUGACAGGCGCGUUCUAAUUGAGAUACCCCCGGACCAGGCCGGCCUUUUGGAGCCAGUUCCAGAGCCGGAGGCCCGACUUAAACUUUUCAGCAAACCCCAUCGGCUGCAGCGCUUGGCUCUCCUGCCUUUGGGAUCACCUGUAACUGUGGUAAUAAACCAAGACUUGGCUGAGGCAGAGCUUCGAUACAGGGGACCCCUUACUGGAGGGAGUUCAGCCGUGUUCUUUGGGGUACAGCUUAAGGGUCGGGCAGCAGGGAAGGGCUUUAGCAACGGCUCCUACAAGGGCCACCAGCUCUUCACCUGCCCGGAGGCGUGCGCACUCUUCGUCUCCGCCAGCCAGCUCACCCUGCGGCGCUCCUCGCACGAGACCGACGCCGAACGCUACCCAUCUCACACAGCUGGCGUCCCGCACAACCCCGUUGCCGGUCCCACUGCUGGCGUUCAGCAGCCGGUGAGCGUCCUGCCUCGCACGGCGGAGUCUGUCCCGGGUCCGGCUCCGCCGCUGCUGCCGCAGGGCCAGCGGGUGAUGUUCACCCAAGACGAGGUCACGCAGACAGGGAAGGUGGCGUUCUGUGGGGCCCUUCCUGGCAGGAGCUCCGGAGGACUGCAUGUGGGCUUGAUUCUGGACAACCCGGUGGGUUCGUGGGAUGGCACGUAUAACAACCAUAAGCUGUGCUCCCUCCCUUCUCCUCAUUACGGUCAUCUCCUCCCCCUGUCCAAAGUCACUCCAGUUGUGAACCCCAGACGCGCCCUGAUGCCCCCUUCCUUGCCCCCCCCAAAACCCGCCCCGGUGCCUGUGCUGCCCCCCUUCCCCAAAACGUCCUUAAAGCCUGUAACUGCCCCUAAACCCACCUCGCCAAAUCUCCCAGUCACUGCGUCGUCCCCUCCUCCUUACCAUAGUAAAGUACCUCUUCAGCCCCCGGCAAAGAUGGCCGCCUCGCUCCCGAGCGUUGCCCCGAAAUCCCUGCCACCCCCUCCCCCCGCCAACCUCAAGCCCUCCGUCAGGCCGCCGCCCAUGCCACUUUACCCCAGCACGGACCAAUCCCGCUCGAGCUCCAACGGCCUUCCGCGCCCGCCCUCCCCUCCGCAGCCAGAGGAGGCGGAGUUUGAGGCGGAGGAGGCGGACACGGGGCCGGGGCUGGGUCUGGAGCUGGGGUCCAUGGUGGAGGUGAACGAGCCUCCGCAGUACGGAGUCAUCCGCUGGAUCGGACGCAUCCAAGGCAUUUCUCAGCUCGUCGCUGGAGUAGAGCUGGACCAGGAGAUAACGGCGGGCACAGAUGGCAGUUACCUUGGCGAGCGCUACUUCCGGUGCCCGCCCAAUAAGGGCCUGUUUGUGAAGCUCCGCAGUUGUAGACGGGACUCCAGGUUCCCCGCCCCCGAGACGCGAAUCAACCAGGUGGAACGCUGCAACUCCAUUGCGUUUGCAGAGUGGGGUAGUGAGCGUGUCGAGGAGCACACCCCGCCAGUAUCCGGCCCAGAGGCCAGACAACACUACCAUGGCUGGAAGAAGGGCAUCCAGGGACACCUCAACUCCUGCUACCUGGACGCCACUCUCUUCAGUCUGUUCUCCUGCUGUAGUUCUGCAGACUCCGUGCUCUUCUGUCCCCCGAGGCUGCAGGAUGGCGCCCACAGUCGCACAGCUCAGGACCUACUACGCUGCGAAAUUGUCAACCCCCUGCGCAGGUAUGGGUAUGUGUGUGCCAGUAAAACCAUGGCCUUACGGAAACUAUUAGAGGCGGAAACGACAGAUGCUGGCUUCACCAAUCAGGAGAAAGACCCAGAGGAGUUCCUCAACAAGCUUUUCCAGCUCUUGCGGGUGGAGCCUCUCCUGAGAAUCAGGUCAAUGAACCAUCAGCCUCAGGAGUGUCACCUCUACCAGCUCUUCCCUCCCUCCACGGCCCCCUCUCCAUCCUCUCCUGCUCUCUCUCCAUCCCUCUCUCCGGGCCCUCUCUCCCCCAUCCCUCUCUCCCCUCCGGUCGGUCACCUGAGGGUGGCCAGUGUGCAGGCGCUACUGGAGGCCUCCUUCAUCCACUCAGGGCUCAAGUUUGCUGAGGCUCCCUCCUGUCUGCCUCUGCUCAUGCCCAGGUUUGGGAAGGACUUCAAGAUGUUCGACGCCAUCCUGCCAUCACUAACCCUGGACAUCACAGACCUGCUGGACGAGACUCUGCGGCAGUGUAGCAUCUGCCAGUCGCUGGCCCAUUGGGAGUGUCUGCAAUGCUAUGAGGACCAGGACAUCACGCCUGGCCGCCUCAAACAGUUCUGCCACACCUGCAAUACACAGGUGCACACACAUAAGAAGCGCGCGUCGCACCACUCUGAGCGUGUGCGGGCCCCCGAGGGCCCCUGGGCGGAACAGUGGGAGGGGCCACUGGGUGGCAGCCGGCAGCGGCUGGAGCUCUUCGCCGUCACCUGCAUUGAAACGAGCCACUACGUCAGCUUCGUGCGCCACGGACCGCUGCCCACCGACUGGCUCUUCUUCGACAGCAUGGCCGACAGGGAGGGUGGGGAGAAUGGCUUCAAUGUGCCUCAAGUGAGGUCGUGUCCAGAGGUAGGCCGCUACCUCAGCCUAUCCGAAGAGGAGUUGAGCAGGCUGGACCCCGCCUCCCUGCGUGACACCGUCCGUCGGCUGCUCUGCGACUCUUACAUGUGUCUGUACCACUGCCCCCAGAUCAGCCUCUACAAGUGAUGCUGACACACAAACACACACUUAUGUGUUUGUGCCGCUGUGGACAGAUCCGACGUGACCUGUGAAAUGAAUACACAGGCAAACACAGAUGCAGAGACUCAUACACAAACAAACAAACAAAAAAACAAACACCAUUCCAUCUCUGCCUUAAAAUGUGCUACGCUGAAAAGUUUGCCUCACCUAUCUGCAGUGGUGUGAGUUUCAGUUAUAAACACAAGGCCAGUUCCAGUGUUGCAGUACAAUUCCCUUUUUGCACAUUCCUUCAGAUCAGUUUGUAUAUAGUUACAAGCAGUAAUAGCAUAAGCCUGCAGCCUUGUUAUAUUUUUGUAUUUAUUUUGGGAUAAAAUUCAAGCAUUUGUAAUUUGUAAAUCAUAAAACUAAAAUGAACAUGAUAUUUGUGCACUGUUUUUACAAAUGUUUCUGUAUAUUCUACUUGACAUAAAGUCCUAUGUUUAUUUCCAAUACUUUUGUGUCUCG